UAGGAGUUAUGGGAUUAGAGAGGGUAAGAUGGAUGCUGUACACAAGUUGAAGGUUUUGGUGAUGUUUCUAUCUCUGGCUACUUUCACGGUCAUGGUGAUAAUGAACGCUGGAAAUGCCACUGGGAUAUUCAAAGGUCUGUUCAGGACAACCCCUGGAAACAUCUCAGACAAGUACAGCACUGAUUUCACACCAGCUGGCUGGACUUUCCUCAUCUGGAAUGUCAUCUAUGCCUGGCAGCUCGCCUGGCUUCUCUACGCCUUGUCAGGGAUCUGUCGAAGGAAUGAAUUUGGACGUGUCUUCAUAAAGCCAGACUUGCUGCCAAUACCUUUUUAUGUGUCGUGGUGUCUGAAUAAUGGCCUCAAUGUUGGAUGGCUCUUUCUGUGGGAUCGAGAAUACCUCCUUCCAGCCCUGGUGUUCCUGGUAGUCCUCACUCUUACCACGUGUGUCUCCCUCUUUGUUUCACACCGAGCCUUGAGCAUCUAUUCCUCGUGGUUUGUGAAGGGUCACAAAGCUGAGCUCUGGCUCAUCCGCAUUCUGGUCCAGAACGGGCUGGCACUGUACGGAACAUGGACCACCAUCGCCACUCUGCUGAACUUUGCAGUUGUGCUGAUCUACCAGGGGAACGUGUCCCAUGAGAAAGCAACCACUGCUUCUCUCAGCAUCCUUGCUCUCUGCCUGGUCAUAUGGUUUUACCUAGAAAACUUUUUUCUUGACAAGUAUGUCCGCUAUAACCUCACAAUCUACCCAGUGGUCAUAACAGCUCUGAUUGGCAGCGCAUGCAAGAACAGCUCGUUUUCAUCCCCAAUGACCAACAACAUUUUCAUAGUUGUUCUGCUGGCAGGGACUUCCCUGAUCUUUGCUGUUCGGCUGGGACUGGUCACGUGGAGACACUAUAAGAGACCACUGGAAGCAUCAGGAACCACAGACCCGUCAGGCACAGUGGCCUGAGACCUCUGGCAUGUUGUGGCAGAUACUUGAAAGGGAGAAAAAAGAAUUGGGCAUCUGCUGGUCGUUCCUUCCAGUAUCAACUGCCUUGUGCUUUUCCCUCUUAUUCUCCAUCUCAAAGGCAAAUAGCUUGUGUCUGCAGACCUGUUUUGCUCCCACGUUUUCUCGGACGAGCUACUUGCAGCUUUUACUCUGGAAAAGUGCAGGGAAAGGUCCUUCAGCUGAGCAGCCCUGUGCGCCUCUGUGAUGCCUGAGCUGCAGCUCUCUGCUCCUGUCAGAGCAAGGAGA